GAAGGGAAUUUUGUGCCCGCUUUAUCAGGAGUGUCACUCAACCAAAAAGUCCCGGAUAAUUUAACUUCCAGUACACGUUUGUCAUAAACUAUAGGACUGAAUUCUCCUCUGUGAUGACCGUCUUCCCUCCCGACUCCCACGUAGUGAAAGUUGGAUCCCAAUCCUUCGAGAAUUUCUUUCAGUUGGUGAUGCAGAGGUUCCUGUAAACCUAUGACGGUCGGCUCGAGAGUAUCACGAAUGUAUUUGACUACAUGUUCCCUCCGGUGUGGCCAGGCAUCUACUCCAUCGUGUGACGUGUCGUAGCGGACGUUGAACGAAGCUACGCGUAUUCCUAAUGUUGAUUCCAACUGUCUUUGAGUCAUCGCUGCACUCCCGAGUGGCCCGCAACACGGCGACGGCUGCGCAGCACCGCAUACGGGCAUGCGGAGGAGUUGAUAUCUGCCGAACACGGUUGCCCUUGGGGAUGGCAGGUGCUCGAUUGGAUGGUGCCGAAUGCGUGAAAGAAGUGCAGGGCGACUUGUUUACAUGCUCGGAGUCGUCUUCUCUCGCUCACUGCAUCAGCGCAGACGCGCGCAUGGGGAAAGGUAUUGCAACGGCGUUCAAGAAGAAAUUCGGCAGAGUCCAUGAAAUUCGUUCGCAGGGGCAGAAGCCCGGUGGCGUAGCCGUGUUGAAGUGUGGGGAUCGUUUUGUGUACUACUUGGUGACGAAAGAGAAAUUUUAUCACAAACCUACAUAUGAAAGUCUGACGUCAUCAUUAGAAGCAAUGCGAGAUCACUGUGAAAGAAAUGGCGUUAGGGAACUAUGUAUGCCUCGUAUUGGAUGUGGCCUUGAUAAACUGGAGUGGAGACGUGUGAAAGCUAUAUUAGGAAAAAUGUUUUCGCCCUCAAAAACAGAAGUGAAAAUUACUAUCUACAAUCUAUAAUGAUUAUUCAUAAGAUGAGGCAUUUUUAAUGUAGUUAUUGACAGUUGGUACGGUUUUGUUAUAAAUGCUGUUUUGGCGUUUUGUAUACUUGACAUUGUUGAGUUGAUCUGUUUCUUUUGAGAAUGAUAUAAAGUACCUGUUCAGUUGUGUUGAAAUUAGUCUUUGUAUUGUGUUGAGCCAACUUGAAGGA